AGAAGAGAAGAGAAGAAGAAGAAUGCAAUGCAAAUGCAAUGCAAUGCUCGUUAAUUAAAUUAAGAGAAGGAACCGUACUUUGAUUUCCUUUUUCUUGUUCUAAAGGAUUCUUCCUCUAAUUCCUUCUUCUCUGUCUGGAUCGAUCACGCCAAUAUAUAUUGAUCAUAAAAUUAAGGAAAUAUGGAUAAAGAGAACGAGUCUUGCUCCACUCACCUUAUCGAUGGAGAUGGCACAUUCAAUGAAGAUGGAUUAGAGAACUUCAUAAAAGAAGUUAAAUUGAGUGAAUGUGGACUUUCCUAUGCUGUGGUUUCCAUUAUGGGCCCUCAAAGCAGUGGGAAGAGUACUCUACUAAACAAAUUGUUUGGAACCAACUUCAAUGAAAUGGAUGCUUUCAAGGGAAGAUCUCAAACAACUAAAGGUAUUUGGAUGGGAAGAUGCGCUGGCAUCGAACCGUGCACUAUAGUGAUGGAUUUGGAAGGCACGGAUGGGAGAGAACGAGGAGAGGAUGAUACUGCAUUUGAAAAACAGAGCGCUCUCUUUGCUCUAGCUGUUUCAGACAUAGUGCUCAUUAAUAUGUGGUGUCAUGACAUUGGCCGUGAGCAGGCUGCAAAUAAACCACUCUUGAAAACUGUAUUCCAGGUUAUGAUGAGAUUAUUCAGCCCGCGUAAGACAACGUUGUUGUUUGUAAUACGUGACAAAACAAGGACACCUCUGGAAAACUUGGAACCUGUUCUAAGGGAGGACAUUCAGAAGAUAUGGGACUCUGUUCCUAAGCCUGAGGCUCAUGCGGAAACUCCCCUAAGCGACUUUUUCAAUGUUGAAGUUGUGGCGCUUUCUAGUUUUGAAGAGAAAGAAGAGUUAUUUAGAGAACAGGUGGCUAGCUUGAAGCAGAGGUUCUUUCAUUCAAUAGCACCUGGUGGGCUGGCUGGAGACAGACGAGGAGCCGUGCCUGCUUCUGGUUUUUCAUUUAGUUCUCAACAGAUAUGGAAGGUUAUUAAGGAGAAUAAGGAUCUUGAUCUUCCAGCUCACAAGGUUAUGGUAGCAACUGUAAGAUGCGAUGAAAUUUCCAACGAGAAGCUUGCCUCUUUUGUCGCAAACGAGGAAUGGAUUGAAUUAGAAGUUGAAGUGCAAUCUCAUGCGGUUCCAUGUUUGGGGAAGAAAUUGAGUUCAAUUAUACACACUUGUCUAUCACAAUAUGAUGCAGAAGCUACCUUUUUUGAUGAAGGUGUUAGAACUUUAAAGCGAAAACAUUUGGAAGAGAAAUUACUGCAGCUUGUUCAUCCUGCAUAUAAUUGUAUGCUCGGGCACAUAAGGGCCGAGAUAUUGGAUAAAUUCAAAGCAGAAUUUGACAAAGCUUUAAAUGAAGGAGAAGGGUUCUCUUCUGCAGCUCACAGAUGUUCAGAUUCUCUGAUGACUCUAUUCGAUGGAAAAUGUGCAGAUUCUACCAUCGAACAAGCGGAUUGGGACCCGUCUAAAUUUCGCGAUAAGCUUCAGCGUGAUAUAGAUUCGCAUAUUGAUGCUGUCCGCUCUGCGAAACUUUCAGAAAUCACUAAUUCCUAUGAGUCAAAAUUGAAUGAGGGGUUGUCUGGGCCGGUUGAAGCUCUUUUGGAUGGGGCUAGCAGUGAUACCUGGCCAGCAAUAAAGAAGAUUCUGCGUAUUGAGACAGAGUCAUCCACGUCUAUGUUCUCCAAAGAACUUUCUGUUUUCGAGAUGGAUGGAGAAAGCAAGGGAAAAAUGUUAACUAAUUUGGAGAAUUAUGCAAGAGGUGUAGUUGAAUCUAAGGCCAAAGAAGAAUCCGGAAGAGUUUUAUUCCGCAUGAAAGAAAGAUUUUCAACAAUAUUCAGCAGUGACUCUGAUUCAAUGCCACGGGUCUGGACUGGGAAAGAAGAUAUUAAAGCUAUUACGAAAAGGGCUCGCACUGCAUCUUUGAAGCUGCUUUCUGUGUUUGCUGUAAUACGGUUGUAUGAAGGCGACGAAGAUGACAACAUUGAGAAAAUUAUGUCCCUUGCAUUCAUGGAUACCAACACGGAUGCUAUUACCAAAAGAAGCAGCAGUACUACUACAACUGUAGCUGAUCCCCUUGCAUCAAGCACUUGGGAAAGGGUCCCAUCAUCAAAGACCCUGAUCACGCCUGUCCAGAGCAAAGCUAUAUGGAGACAGUUCAAGAUAGAAACCGAAUAUUCUGUCUCUCAAGCCAUUGCUGCUCAGGAUGCUGCACGACGUAGCAACAACUGGUUGCCACCUCCAUGGGCCAUUAUGGCUUUGGUUAUCUUGGGUUUCAACGAGUUCAUGACAGUUUUGAGAAAUCCUUUGUAUCUAGGUUUUAUUUUUAUUGGUUACCUACUUGUAAAAGCCUUGUGGGUGCAGCUGGACAUUGCAGGCGAAUUUAGACACGGCGCCCUUCCUGGUCUUCUAUCUCUGUCCACCAAGAUUGUUCCAAUUAUAAUGAACCUUGUGAGGAAAUUAGCCGAGGAGGGAGCUGUACCUACUGAUCCUCCUCCCCCAGAAAUUUCCCAAAGAAAUUCCCAGAAUAAUAAUAGCAGUGCUCAGGCAACUUCCUCCUCCUCCUCCUCGGAGAAAAACAAAAUGAAGUAAUCAGUCAAGUUUUGUUUUGUUUUUAGGUGCGGCAUUUGCUGCUGCUGCUGCUGCCGGUGGUUGUUUGUUCAUAUAUAUAUACCUAUUUGCUUCUAGUUAAUUAUUAAUUAGAUAGAUAGAUUAGAUAGAUCUCUCUUCUUCACAACAUCCUUAUAAAGAAUGAGUUUAAUUAGGUAUUUCCUGAAAUGUUUGUAUUCUGAAUAAUAACAUUAUCCAGGAACAUGUAUUUUAAUAAUUCCUAAAGAGCAUAACCAAACCAAAAGUUUAUCAACAUUUAUUUUAUUUUUUU